AUGCCCGUGAACCCAGACACAGGCCGAUGCAAGGGUUUCGCGCGCGUCACCUUCCGCACCGCGGACGAGGCCAAGCGCGCCAUCGCGCUGUAUAACACCGCCUUUUUCCUCGGCGCGAAGAUCAGGGUGAAGAUCGAUCGGAGUGGGUAUUUUCCUUCGGCGUAUACCAAUGGUCAUGGUCAGGGCUAUGGUCGGGGUUAUGCUGGUCGGGAAGUGUACGCUCUAGCGAAUGUGCCGCCGGCGCCGUCGUCGAAUAGACUCAACUCCCCUGAGAAGAAGACGGUUCAGGCCGAAGGUAUGACUCCAGCGCUGGGCCCGAGGACUGCGGAUAGGAACAGUGGGCGGGAGAAGGAGAGGGACAGGGGGAGGGAUAGAUGUCAGCCACUUGUGGUGAAUGGGUCCGGACUGGGCAGCAAGGGGGCGCUGGUGACUUGA